AUGCAGGAUAUCGAAGAGGCGACCGUAACUUUCCGCAAGUCAAAUUUGACCGUCAAAUGGCUGGCGAAAGACCGGUUGACGCUGCUCCAGCUUGCAGAGAAGUCCGGUCUCACCCCUGAUUACGGUUGCCGGUCAGGAGCGUGCGGUACCUGCGAGGUCAAACUGGUCAAAGGUCUUAUCGAAGGCUGUUACGAAGGCGACGAUGGCGUCCUGAUUUGCUGUUCGCAACCAGCCAGCCUCGAAGUCGAGUUGGAGUUAUGA